UAUGGAUGAAGAUGGAGCGUGCACACUACAGUUCCCGACAUCUCGGCUCUCGCUUUUCUCCUCUCAUGUUUACGCAUGAGGCGCUUCUGCAGUGAGCCACUGGAUAUUGUUGUGCUUUAAGGUGUCCCCUCUCUCCUCGCUUCCCUUCCUCUUUCCUCUCCUCCUUCUCCGCUCUGUGUUCCAUAGAGACUCAGCCCGCUCAGAUGCACUCGGCGUUCUAGCAGUAGCAGCAGCAGUAGCGGGAGCGUCUCAAUGCAGGGGCAGCAAGAGCAUCCCGAUGGCCACCAGCGCAAGAGACUGCGCUAAGCAGACGACCAGCGCGCUCUUUCAUCCGUGCUUCUCAACCCCGAACCUCUAGCGAAGAGAGAAGUGCCCAAAUCCGUUUUAGGAUUAUCGUUUUCUUUUUUUUCUUUGUCCCUCUUUCUGUCUAUUCGAUGAGGAAGAAUUGAUGACGAUGGAUCGGCGAUGGUGGAUUUCCCUUUUGUGCGUCUAUGGACUGAUGUGCAUCGUUCAUUCCAGCAAUCAUAUGCCUCGAAAUGGAGACGCCUUGUCGCAGGCGAAGGCUGUUCGAGAUGCGAGCAGGUUCGUCGGGAAGGAGGACACGGUCCCUCUCCGUCUGCUCUACAGCAUGCACAACCACAGCCAAAUCACGCACGAUGUCAUCAGCACCAGGACUAGAGCCAGCUCCAGCCCCACACAGGGGAACCACGUGGCCCAAGCCAGCUUCCAGGUGGAUGCGUUUGGUGAGAAGUUCAUCUUGGAUGUUGAACUGAACCAUGAUCUCAUGUCUUCAAAGUACGUGGAGAGGCAUAUUUCAGAAAAUGGGAAGGCUGUCAUCUUCAAAGGAGGAGAACAUUGUUAUUACCAGGGGAGAGUGCAGGACAUCCCUGAAUCCUUCGUGGCCCUCUCCACCUGCCAUGGCCUGCAUGGGAUGUUCUUUGAUGGGAAUCACACCUACAUGAUCGAGCCUGGAGGAAAGGACGGCGUCAGCGGUGACGUCCAGAUCCACAUGAUCUAUAAAUCAGCAGGACAGGAGGCAGCAGCUUACUACCUUCCUAAUGUUGACCUCCCAGAGCCUCCUUUCCCCAGCCCUCCAUUUCCUGGGUCAAAGGUCGUCCACAGGAGGAAGAAGAGACAGGCCCCGUGGGUUGGAGGCAGUGUGGACGAGGAGACCAAGUACAUUGAGCUGAUGGUGAUCAACGACCAUCUGAUGUAUAAAAAGCAUCGUCUCUCUGUUGGUCAGACAAAUAACUACGCUAAGUCUGUGGUCAAUAUGGCUGAUAUGAUCUUCAAGGAGCAGCUCAACACCCGCAUCGUGCUGGUUGCCAUGGAGACAUGGGCAGCCGACAACCGGUUCAACAUCGACGAUGACCCCAUGGUGACCUUGAGGGAGUUCAUGAAGUACAGACGAGACUUCAUCAAAGAGAAGUGUGACUCUGUGCAUCUUUUCUCAGGGAACCGGUUCCAUAGCAACUGGGGAGGAGCUUCCUAUAUGGGAGGAGUCUGCUCUCUAACUAAAGGAGGUGGAGUCAAUGAGUAUGGGAAGACAGAUGAGAUGGCUAUAACCCUGGCCCAGUCUCUGGGACAAAACAUCGGCAUCUUCUCUGACAAGAAGAGGAUCCUCAACGGCGAGUGCAAGUGUGACGACCGUUGGUCUGGCUGCAUCAUGGACGAUGUUGGCUUCUACCUGCCCAAGAGGUUCUCCAACUGCAACGUGGAGGAGUACCACAACUUCCUCAACAGUGGGGGGGGAGCCUGUCUCUUCAACAAACCCCUCAAGCUGUUGGACCCUCCAGAGUGUGGGAAUGGUUUGGUGGAGCCAGGGGAGGAGUGUGACUGUGGCAGCCCAGCGGAGUGCGAGAGGGAGGGAGAGAAGUGCUGUCAGAAGUGUACACUCACACAAGGCUCAAAGUGUAGCGACGGACUCUGCUGUAACAACUGUCAGAUGGAGUUUAUGGGCGUGGUGUGUAGGGAGGCUGUGAAUGACUGUGAUAUUCCAGAGAACUGCACCGGUAACUCCAGCCAGUGUCCCCCGAACGUACACAAGAUGGACGGCUACUCAUGUGAAAAGGAUCAGGGUCGUUGCUUCAACGGGAGGUGCAAGACCAAAGACAGACAGUGCAAGUACCUGUGGGGAGAGAAGGCGACCGCUGCUGAGAAGUUCUGUUAUGAGAAGCUGAACAUCGAGGGGACAGAGAAGGGGAACUGUGGGAAGGACAAAGAAACAUGGGUCCAAUGCAACAAGCAAGACGUGCAUUGUGGGUACCUGCUGUGUUCCAACAUAUCGCCGGCCCCCCGACUAGGAGAGUUGCAGGGGGGACUGACGUCCUUCUCUGUCGCACAGCACAGCGCCUCGCUGGACUGCAGUGGGGGUCAUGUGAUGAUAGACGGGGACAGUGACCUGGGCUAUGUGGAGGAUGGGACGGCCUGUGGGACAGAGAGGGUCUGCUUCAACCACAAGUGUCUGCCCCUUCAGGAGUUCAACUUCAGCACCUGCCCUGGGACCACUGAGAAGACCAUCUGUUCUGGACACGGGAUUUGCAGUAACGAGCUGAAGUGUGUGUGUCACUUGGGUUGGGCUGGAGACGAUUGUAACUCCACGUCUUCUCUCAGCUACCUGGUGGUUGGACCCACUGCCUCUGCAUCAGGUAUCACCAGUACUAACAUCAUCAUCGGGGCCAUCGCUGGCUCCAUCCUGUUCCUGGCUCUCAUCCUGGCCGUCACCGCCUGGGGAUACAAGAGCUACAGACAGCGGUGCUACGUUGAGUCAGAGGUUCACAGAAGAUUCUGCCGGCAAAUGCCUCCGGGUGACUAUGUGAAGAAGCCUGGGGAUGCAGACUCGUUCUACAGUGACCUGGCCCCUGGGGUCAGCACCAACUCAGGCUGUAGCUCCAAGAAGAGGUCUGGCUGUCUGUCUAACCUGCAGAUAUACACGCUCUCUUUCACCCCCUCCAUCGCCUCCAUCUCACAAAACAUCUCUCUUUUCGCAUUCAGGUCUAAUGGUCUGUCCCACUCGUGGAGCGAGCGAAUCCCUGACGCCAAACACAUCUCUGACAUUUGUGAGAACGGACGACCCAGGAGCAACUCAUGGCAAGGAAAUCUGAGUGGAAAUCGCAAGAAGUCGAAAGGGAAGAAGUUCCGUCCUCGCUCCAACUCUACAGAGACGCUGUCCCCGGCGAAGUCGCCCACCUCUUCCACGGGGUCCAUUGCGUCCAGCCGGAGGUACCCUUAUCCCAUGCCCCCCCUCCCCGACGACCAGAGGAAGGCCAACAGGCAGAGUGCCAGGCUGUGGGAGACUUCAAUAUAACACUCCUGUUAUCUACUCUGCAAAUCUACUUAAGAACUACAUUUUCGUCCACUUUUCUACAAAUGAAAAUAAAAACAAGGCAAAAACAAAAUUGAAACAAAAUGACAAAAAAAGCACCUUGUAUGAAGAGAAGAGGGGAAGAUGAAGAAGAGGAGUGUAUGCGAGGUCCUCCAGACCUGACCUGCUCAGUAGGGGACGCUACAGGAGCCAGCUGUCAUUCCUACACUGACAAGCCUAGACAGAACGAGGCAAGACGAGAUUUCUCUUUCAGAUCAGCUGGAGAUCCAUCAGAGAUCAGCUCAUCACUCGUUGGUGGGGAAAAAGCAAAACUGUUGUCAUGGUAACGGUGCAGACAGAGAGGAGAGGCCUCGUUGGGGAUGUCUCCCCCACUCCCAACAUCCCCCCAGCUCCCACCACACUCUCCUAGCUCCUCCCUCAAACUGUCCCACCUUACCUUACUCACCUCUCCUCUCCAUGUCCCUGAUAACAAUCCUCGCCCCCCCAACCCCCCUCUAGCCCUGCCCCCAUGUAAACGCUCUCCUCUGAUUGGUGCUCCUCUUUGUUGAGGGGCGCGGACAGCUAUCAUAUCGGCAGAUUUCUUUACCAUUUUGAAGCACGCUGUUGAAUUACUGUAGAAAACUCCAACACUUAUGCAUGAGAACCCCCUGUUAAUCAACUCUUCCUAGUGUCAUAAAGAAGAAGAAGUCUGGGACGGACAGCAUGCGGGGGAUGGUGAUGUCAUACAUACUGUAGGCCUUUAAGCUUUCUUUACAUUAUAGGCUUCUUUUAUCUCGAUGAUCAGUGACUCAUUCAGUACUGUACCACACAUUAUACUAGCCAACAGCCCCUGACAUGGACCCUAGACCCUAGCCCCUAGCCCCUUCACCCUAGACGCUUGACCCUAGGUCCUAGACGCUAGCCCCUAGAACCUAGACACUAGACCCUAGCCCCUAGACACUAGACCCUAGAACCUAGACACUAGACCCUAGAACCUAGACACUAGACCCUAGGUCCUAGACACUAGACCCUAGGUCCUAGACACUAGACCCUAGGCCCUAGACCCUAGAACCUAGACACUAGACCCUAGGUCCUAGACACUAGACCCUAGGUCCUAGACACUAGACCCUAGACACUAGACCCUAUAACCUAGACCCUAGGUCCUAGACACUAUACCCUAGUUCCUAGACACUAGACCCUAGGUCCUAGACACUAGACACUAUACCCUAGAACCUAGACACUAGACCCUAGACACUAGACCCUAGAACCUAGACACUAGACCCUUGAACCUAGACACUAGAACCUAGACACUAGACCCUUGAACCUAGACACUAGACCCUAGGUCUUAGACGUUAGCCCCUAGAACCUAGACCCUAGACCCUAGACACUAGCCACUCCCUGUUCUCUUUCUUUCUCCCUGUCAGGUUUUCCUGAAGAAUUUGAUUAUUGUUGUAAAUAUGUACAGCUUAAAGACAGAGUAAUGUGUGUUUUUCUUUUUUACUGACUGAGAGGUGAAAGAUUAAGGGAUACUCCCUCUCUUCUCUCCUCCUCCUGCCGUGGUUUGUGUUAUAGACAGACGUGGUCUCUGUAGGUCUUUGUAGAGACCCUGCACUCGUUCUGUCUGUUCAUUUCUCGCUGAACUCUCUCUCUUCUCUCCCAUGUGGCUGUGUGAACACGCCAGCGUUCUUUUUCUUCCACAGCAGAAUGUACAAACAGUGUUCUCUUUCCGCUCUGUGUCAAUGUCAUCCCUUUCUCUGAGUAAUGCACACUCAGUCACAGCCCGUCAUAUUUAAGACAGUAAACUUAAGAAUGUAAUUUAUAACAUUAGCUGAGAAUUUGAUCAGUUUGGAUAUUGAUAAUGAUGAAUAUGAUUUGAAGUAAGAUAGUCCCAUGAGCCCUCCUUGUUAAAGAGGGGAGAGAACAAGUGUUUUUGUGUAGUUUUAGAUGUGAUAUACAUGACUUUUCAAAGUGUUCAUUUGGUCAUGGUGGUUUAGAGAAGUUGGAGAAAUGUCCUGUGACCUUAAGCAGUGCAUUCUCAUUCCUAGCUAUGGUCUGUGUGUACAGCAGAGGCGGACUGGCCAUCUGGCAUUUCAGACAAAUACCAGAUGAGCUGGUCCAUUUUUAGCAUAGUGGGCCUGUCUUACUUGGAUUUUUUGGGCAAAAUGAUCAUUAUCUGGCCAAUAAUGGGGGCCUCAAUUAAUAAAAUGGGCCGCGUGGGGGCCAGUGUGUUUAAAAUGCCAGGGCUGAUUUCUGGUCCCAGUCCGCCCCGGUGUACAGUAUGAGACCAGACAUAACAGAUAGAUACAACUGGAACCGACUACGCCACUGAGAUCCAAUUGGAUGAUGGUUUGUGUCAGACGAACUUGAGAAACUGGGAAUUGUUGGAUAAAAUGAUUCAAAUGUGCAUUUUUACUUUUGUUUUGUUUCCUACUGCAAGUUUGCCCUGCUGUCUGUUAAUGAUGACACGUCAUGUACAGUGCUUGCUGUUUGAGAUUUAUAAGACCAACAGAAUGACAGUGGAUCUACUAGCUAGCACUCUAUCGCUGUUCUCUAGUAAUCUGUCUGUGAGGCUGUAAUACGAAAUAAGCAUGUCAUUGAAAUACUUUUUCCUUGAUUGCCAAUUGCUGUUAUCUUCUUGGAUUUUCAUACCACAAACCCCAUUCCAGUAGUGAACAGGUUUUCAACAUAAUCAACCAGGUCUCAAACAUUUUCAUGAAUGUCCCGAGGAAUCUAGUGGUUUAAAUGUGGCUUAAGAUUCAGGUUCAGGUUCUUACCUACUCAGAGUAGGAUAAAGUGUCCCUAGUCACUGAUCCAAGGUCAGUUUUGUAUCUUACCACCCUGAUGGUAAAUGUCGUGAAUUGGGGAGUGGUAAGCUGAUCUUAGAUCUGUGGCUAAAGGGAAACUUCUCUGUACAGAAGUCACAACCCCCAUCCUGUAGUUACUGUACUGUCCAUAUCAGUUAGGUCUGCUGUAUGUUGUUAACUGCGUAUGCUUAAGUUUAAAAUGUGGGCACUGUUCGUUUUGAUUUUCUACUGUAUGCACUAUGACUGUAUAGAUAUUAAGAUCACCACAAUAUCACAUUAAUAUUGCUACUGUAUGACAAGUAUCAAGUAUUUUUUUUAACUCUUAAGUACCUUUAUAAUAUUCACUAUUUCUCAGUGUUGUGUACAGCCAUUAUUCAGACAGACCAACUGCGUUAUUGUUCUUCUGUGCAUUGAUGAGUGGAAUGGAAACAUGAUGCGGUAAUUUUAGUUUUUUAAAGCACACACUCGUCUCAGACCGCUCUGGCAUGUGCAGAUCUGUACAUGUCUUCUAUGGUAUGAGGAUGGGACGCAGCUAUGGCAACAUGGGGUGCAUUAUGCUAUAGAGAUCUGUGCAGGUGAGCUCUUGUUGACCAGAGCUCUCAUCCUCACUCUUGUCUUAUUUAAACUACGAUAUGAUUGGCUGGUGCUUAGUAACUUGAACUUUGACCCAGAGAUUCCCUAGGCUGUGGUAAUAUGAAAAUAAAGGAUCAUUCUUCUCAA